AUAAAAACACACAAGAGAACCAAAUACUCAUAUGUUUAACUCUCACUGAAAUCUUACAUUUAACUGUUCCAUCCAACUCAUUGCGGAAUCGCACUCAGAUUCUCAAUCUCAGAGCUUAGACUUUACCAACCAGGCGCUUUUCCAUUGUGCCAACUGCCAACAGCAAAGCAGCAAAAAGCAAACCUAACCCGAAACCGAAGGCAAAAGCAAAAUUUUAAUUCUAUUUUACACAAUCAACAUUCACUCCACUUCAUUCUAUACUCUACAUCCGAAUAAAAUAAAUUCUAGCCAUUCACCAUUCGAUCAGUUCGUUGCGGGGUCGGUCAGUGAACGGUUGUGCAAAAGAACGAUAGUUUCUCUUAUUUUCUAUAUUAUACUAUAUAUUUUGUGAAUUUCUUUUCUGUGAAUUGCCAGUAGCAAGAAAACUCUCAAUUCAAUAAAAAAAAAUGUACCACUUAAAGAAUCUAGCUCGUCAUACUGCUGUGAAGCAGGAUGUUUCGACCCUCGUUAAGGCUAUGCCCACUGCACUGCUCCAAUCGCGUGGCUAUUCCGAACAUCAGAUUCCCGACCGUCUCAAGAAUGUGCCCACCGACAAGGAUCCCCGUUUCUUCGAUAUGGUUGAAUACUUCUUCCAUCGUGGAUGCCAAAUUGCCGAGAAUCGUCUUAUCGGCGAAAUGAAAGGCAAGAUCUCUGACGAAGAAAAACGCAAGAAAGUCAAAGGUAUUCUGAUGCUUAUGCAACCAUGUGACCAUAUCAUCGAGAUUGCAUUCCCACUGCGUCGUGAUUCUGGAGACUACGAAAUGAUUACAGGCUAUCGCGCUCAGCAUAGUACACAUCGUAUUCCAACAAAAGGAGGUAUUCGUUUCUCUUUGGAUGUUUGUCGGGAUGAAGUAAAAGCCUUGUCGGCUUUGAUGACCUUCAAGUGUGCCUGUGUCGAUGUACCAUUUGGUGGAGCUAAGGCUGGUCUUAGGAUUGAUCCCAAAACUUAUUCUGAACACGAGCUUGAAAAAAUUACACGUCGAUUCACACUUGAAUUGGCCAAGAAGGGAUUCAUUGGACCCGGUGUUGAUGUACCUGCCCCAGAUAUGGGUACCGGAGAACGUGAAAUGUCCUGGAUUGCCGAUACCUAUGCCAAGACAAUUGGUCAUUUAGAUAUCAAUGCUCAUGCAUGUGUGACAGGAAAGCCAAUUAACCAAGGUGGUAUUCAUGGUCGUGUGUCAGCUACAGGUCGUGGUGUUUUCCAUGGUUUGGAGAACUUUAUCAACGAAGCCAAUUACAUGAGUAUGAUUGGUACCACACCCGGAUGGGGAGGCAAGACAUUUAUCGUUCAAGGUUUCGGUAAUGUAGGUCUUCACACAUGCCGUUACCUAGUCCGUGCUGGUGCCACUUGUGUUGGAAUUAUUGAACACGAUGGAUCAAUCUAUAACCCAGAUGGCAUUGACCCCAAGAAAUUGGAGGACUACAGAAACGAAACUGGCACCAUUGUUGGUUUCCCUGAUGCCAAGCCAUAUCAAGGAGAGAACCUCAUGUUCGAGCCAUGUGACAUUUUUAUUCCAGCUGCAGUCGAAAAAGUUAUUACCAGUGAAAAUGCUCACAAAAUUCAAGCUAAGAUUAUUGCUGAAGCUGCUAAUGGACCAACAACUCCAGCUGCCGAUAAGAUUCUGAUCGAUAGAAACAUUUUGGUUAUUCCAGAUUUGUACAUCAAUGCUGGUGGUGUAACAGUAUCAUUCUUCGAAUGGUUGAAAAAUCUUAACCAUGUUUCAUAUGGUCGUCUUACAUUCAAAUAUGAACGUGAAUCCAAUUACCAUCUUCUGGCUUCAGUCCAACAGUCUAUCGAAAGAUUUAUUCUUGACGAAUCUGUCCAGGAAUCUCUUGAACGUCGUUUCGGACGUGUUGGUGGCCGUAUCCCAGUUACACCAUCAGAAUCUUUCCAAAAACGUAUCUCUGGUGCUUCAGAAAAGGAUAUCGUACACUCUGGCUUAGAUUAUACCAUGGAGCGUUCUGCCCGAGCCAUCAUGAAAACAGCUAUGCGCUACAACUUGGGUUUGGACUUGAGGACAGCUGCCUAUGUUAACUCAAUCGAAAAGAUCUUCACCACUUACCGUGAUGCUGGUCUAGCUUUCUAAGCAGGUUAAGAACAACAAAAACAAACAGCCUAUGAAUAGUUUUAAAAGAAAAGCGCUAGCAACAGGAAUGGAGACGCUAAAUCGGAUGAAGGAUAUUAUAAAUAAGCUUUAAAUUGAAUGUCUUAAAAUUAAACAAAACAAAAAACAAACGGAAUUUAUGUUUUCUAACAAAAUAUAGUUCAUCUCCAACUCCUGCCAUAACUAAAUUAAAAGAUAACCGAAACUAAAAUUUAAUUAAACAUAAAAUCACACACAAUCGACCAAAACGAAUAAUUAAACAACAAAAUAUUACGGAAGUUGAGUCGAGUAGCUUCAGCACGCGGUAUAUCUUUAGUAAUUAAGUUUCAAAAGCUUUCUUCAUCAUCAAAUUAUCAAACUAGCGGCGGCCUUCGCAAAACUUAGUCAAGAUAAAAAACAAACAUUGUAUUCAUAACGUGUAUUUCUUUUUUUGUUUUUAAAUAAUUUUCUCAUUAAUUUAAAAGUAAUUUUUAUUUUAUUUUCUAUUUUCUGUUUUGUUUGUUGCUGUUAUAUUUCUUUAGAUUGUAAACAUUAAAAUGCAUUUUACUAAAUAAAUAAAAAUAAAAAAAAAAAAACAAUCAAAACAUCAAA